CUCUUCCGGAUUCAGCUGAUUGUGCACACGAGAAUCGAAAAAGGUAUCCGAUAUUCUCUCCGGUGGGAUCUGUGCCGUUUAUUCCUUCAUUUUUUCCGACAAAAUGCCUACAGGAAAGCUUCAAGUCCUCCUUGUUAGUGCUAAAGGCCUCCAAGACUCCGAUUUCUUCACAAAAAUGGAUCCUUAUGUGACAAUCACAUGUAGAACUCAGGAGCAAAAGAGCAAUGUCGCAUCAGGACAAGGAUCUUCACCUGAAUGGAAUGAGACAUUUGUAUUUUCUGUUUCUGGUGAAGUGGAAGAACUUGUGAUCAAGAUAAAGGACAGUGACGUUGGUUCUGAAGAUGAUCUUGUGGGAGAGGCUAAAAUUCCACUUGCGACUUUGUUCGUGGAAGGAAAUAUCCCACCAACACCAUACAAUGUGGUUAUUAAUGAUGAAUUCUGUGGGGAGAUUAAAGUUGGCCUUCAAUUCAUUCAAGAGGAUACAAAUGAAGACGGGUAUCAUCAACAUGGUGAAGAGGGAAACUUUGGAGGAUGGAAAGAAUCUUCGUAUUAAAACUAUGGAUCAUAAUUUUAUAUUUAUUGAUCGGUAUCAGUUGUUUUUUUAGUUAUUUUAUUUUAAAUUUCUUUUUAACUUUUUUCUGGAAAAAAAAACAAAAAAACAAAAGUGAAACUUUUUCGACUUUCCUCAUUGUUUUAGUGCGAGCUUUGUUUGUGCUUGAUUGUUUUCGUUUGAUUUUAUUGGGAAUUAUUUGACUUUAAGUUGAACGAAAAUUGUGUUUGUGAUAUGUAUACAUUAAUCUUUUUUUCUAUGUUAAA